AUGGAGUCUCUAUCCGGUCUUGAAGAGUACUACUAUUACCGAAGUGGACUGUCUUACCAUUCUUGUUUUUACGUCGCAAUUAGACUCAAGAAAUCACCAACAAAUGACGAGUUGGAAGGCGCUAUAAAGGCAACUAUCUCAAAAUAUCCGCAACUUUACUCUAAUGCGUUUGAAGAACAUGGAACUGUGACUUUGAGAUCUUUGAGUAACCAGAUCACGGUUUUGGAUGUGCUUGAAACCGUAGAUUUCGAGUCCAUGAGUGAGGACUUCAAUAACUACGUGUUCCGCAACCAAAACUUCCCAUUCGGAGUUGAAAAACCGCUGUGGAAGAUCCUUGCACUCAAAGAUCGUCGCACCCUUGUGUUCUGCACUGACCAUUUGAUCGCAGAUGGAAUGUCGACGGUGUCUUUUUGGAAGUCCAUGAUGACGAAUUUAAACAAUCCCGCGCAUAGUGGCCCGUUGGAUGGUGUGGUGUACAGACCAAGUGCUCAAAAGUUCGAGGUUCCUCAGCACUUGUAUGACAGCAUUAAAUACUCGUUUGCGGGGAUUUUUCUGUGCGUUUGUAUCCGCUUUAUGGUGUUGUUGACGUAUCUCAAGGUGGAUCUUCUUUGGAAAGUGCUUGCACCGGAGUUGACCGAUGAGGAUUUGAAAUUCAAAAAGUACCAUUUUCCACAAGGACUUUUGACAAGUGCAGGGGCUAUCCGGAAUGACAAUCUUCAGCUCAAUCUCAACAUCCCAAGUUCGAAAUUGAAGCUACUUUUGAAAAAAUGCAAAUCGCACAAGGUAUCACUAACGUCAUUGAUCACCGCGGUUAUUGCGCACUCCCUUCAAACUGUUCCUGCAUCCCAGGUCGAGGGCUCGUGCAUCAAAAUAACCAUUCCCAUGAGCACAAGAGAAUCACUUCAGAAAAUCACCGGUGCCAGCCCUGCAAUGAUGGAGUUCGGUAACUUUAUAAAGGGCGGCGAAUUCUUCAGGGAUCUGCUAAAACUCACGCAGCUAUGGGAAACUGCAGCAUCACUAAACAGCGAAUUGGUCUCUCAGAAAAAUGACGAUGAUGCCUUGCAAAAGAUAAAGCUUUUGAGUCUCGUGGAUGUCAAGAAAUAUGUUUUGGCCAAAGUCGAGGCUCGUUAUCCUGCUUCCACCUUCGAAGUCACGAACCUGGGAUACCAAUCUUUUGAUUGCGGGGAGGACGACAAGUAUAUAGUUGAAGACGCGUUUUUCAAUGAGCCCCAAGGCAUCAAUGACGUCUUUACUUGUUCAACCGUCGCCACACCAAAAGGGGGGCUCAAUUGUUGGUUCAGCUAUCCAAAGGACAUCUGCGCUGAUUUUCAGCCUGCAAUUGAGUACAUACAAAGGGUUUUGUAUGGCCUGUGCGAGUGA